UGCCGAGUGUAAACACCCAGUUUUGAUGUUAGCGAGGUGUACCAGCCGCGAAGGGUGCGCGUGAAAGUUGGACUGGCUGUUUGAUUGUUUUUGUGUUUAAUAGUGUGACGAAGAAAUUCCGUCUGAAUGUUCACUGUAUCCACGAUCACCCAUUCUAUACCAGGGAGUGACCCCAGUAAAAUGACACAGAAGCGUAGUCCUGGCAUAGCACACAUUGGAUCGGACGAAGAUGAUCCCAACUUGUGUAAAUAUAGAAGGCAGGAGGACGAGAAUGUACAGGACAAAGAAAGAUUUGCGAGCAGGGAGAAUCAUUGCGAGAUCGAGCGGCGGCGGCGGAACAAGAUGACCGCCUACAUCACCGAACUAUCGGACAUGGUGCCGACGUGUUCAGCCCUGGCACGGAAACCGGACAAAUUGACGAUACUCAGGAUGGCGGUCGCCCAUAUGAAGAACCUCAGGGGUACCGGAAGCACGGCCACGGACAACGCCUACAAGCCCUCCUUCCUCACCGACCAAGAGCUAAAACACCUGAUUCUGGAGGCGGCCGAUGGAUUUCUCUUCGUCGUCAGUUGCGACACUGGAAGGAUCAUCUACGUCUCCGACUCGGUUGCACCUGUUCUGAACUACACGCAAAGCGACUGGUAUGGUACCAGCCUCUAUUCGCAGGUUCAUCCGGAUGACACCGAGAAAGUAAAGGAACAAUUAAGCGCUGAGGAACCGCAGCACGGAGGCAGGGUGUUGGACCUCAAAACCGGGACCGUAAAGAAAGAGGGCCAGUCGUCCAUGAGGAUGUGUAUGGGCUCGAGAAGAGGUUUCAUCUGCCGUAUGAAGGUCGGAAACCUCCAGGCGACCGGUGACAUGGCCGCUGCCCACGGUCUUCAUCGUAUGAAGCAAAGAAACUCCCUCGGUCCAGCCAGGGACGGUCAAAAUUACGCCGUAGUCCAUUGUACAGGAUACAUCAAAAACUGGCCCUCCAACGGUGGGGGUGUAGGUGACAGAGGUAGUGUUCAAGCUAGACCUGACGGUGUAGUUGCGGAUGAAAACACCAGUAGCAAUUGUUGUCUGGUUGCCAUUGGACGAUUACAGGUCACUAGCACACCAAACAAUAGCGAUUUAGCAGGUUCCAAUAGCAAUAAUGAAUUUAUCUCUCGUCAUUCAGCAGAAGGUAAAUUUACCUUCGUGGAUCAAAGAGUGGGUGGAAUUUUAGGCUACACACCAUCAGAACUCUUAGGUCACCCGUGCUACGAAUUCUUUCAUCCAGAGGACUUAACGCAUAUGAGGGAAAGUUUUGAACAAGUACUGAAGCUGAAAGGACAAGUGGUGUCUGUAAUGUACAGAUUUCGAGCCAAAAAUCGUGACUGGGUGUGGUUAAGGACAUCCGCGUUUGCAUUUUUAAAUCCAUUUAAUGACGAGGUUGAAUACAUUGUCUGCACAAACACGCACGCAAAGUCAUUCCAUCCUGGCAACGAUGGCCAAACAGAAAACGAAGCUGUACCUGCUUAUGGACAACCUGGCUUGGAUUAUUCUCUUCAGAGACAUCCUGCUAGGGAUCCUCUGUAUUCAGGUCAUCAUAUGAUGCCACAUCCAGCAGCUGUAGCAACAGCUGGUCCUCAGCAGCCUAGGCCGUCCAGUACGCAAAAUGUUUAUCAAGGAUAUGAAACAACGCAGUCACCGAUAGCUUAUGGCUCACCUGGUCAGCAGAGUGCAUCUUCUUCAGUUUUAAGUAGAAUUCAAAAACCAGCUAACACAUCCCCAACUCCGGUGCAACAAGCAUGGGCUAUUGGAAGACAACAACCUGUAACAGAAGGAUAUCAAUACAGUCAAUUAAGUCCGUCUAGGUCACCAAGCGGACCAACUUAUACUCAGUUAAGUAGCGGUGCUAGGACACCGGCUACACAAUAUCAUGCAGUCACAACAGUGCCUAAUAAUCCAGGUAUGUGGGGGUGGCAGAGCCAACAACACCAAGCACCUCAACCAGAUGGUGGACAAUCAAAUCCUCAAGUAACUGGACAACCACAACCACCUCAUCCUUCUCAGGGUGGACCUGGCACGCAACCUCAAGAACUCUCGGACAUGUUACAGAUGCUCCAGGAUCAGGGUGGAGCAUCAGGUUUCGAGGAAUUAAAUAUGUUUAAUACUAAUUUCGAGUAGCGACAAGGAAGUAGCAUUGAGGAAUGUCUACCUUAAAAAAGCUUUAAGGUUCGAAUCAUUGGUACUAUUUCGGGAUCACGCCGAGCAUCAUAAU